CAGUGGGGUGAGGUGAUCGAAUACUUUACAGAGAUUAUACUUCCUUGAGCAACGGUAUCAACAGUUCAAAUCCAAUCUUGUCUCCCAGUAGCAUUGGUAAGUAGUUCACUAGUUCAAUUAACAAAAUGGACGGAAUUAACCAAAUUAAUUAGUUGGGAAUCUAUAUAACGGGUGUCGGAAAGAAAUUGGCCUCAUUUGCGAACUAAACACCGGAGGAUUUUGUGUCAAAAUGGAAAAGGAACCUGAAAUUCCCGUUUAUGGCGAAGUUUGUAAAAGAAAACUGAAAAGGAAACGUCAAAGAAUGCUUUUGACGGAGCUUUUUUUCGACUUUUCUAAAAAUACGACGUUACACGGUUUGAGAUACGUAACUGACAGUGGCCUUGAAAUUAUCGAAAAAAUCUUCUGGACACUUACCUUCUUCGUGAGUGUCGCGUUGUCAUUCUAUUUUAUCUUCAACGUAUGGCACAAAUGGAAGACGAGCCCUGUGAUAGUCAGUUUCAGUGAAAAACACAUUUCAGUAGAAGCGGUACCAUUUCCAUCAGUGACUAUUUGUCCUCAAAUGAAGUCUAUGUCCCAUAAGAAACACAAUAACCAAAGUGAAUCCAAUGAUGAUGAUAAUCAACAAUAUCCAAAUUCUACCUAUUAUGAUGAAGAUGUUCGUGAAGCUUUGUCUCUAAUGUGUGAUUCAGUAAUUAGUCCAUUUGCGAAAAUCUUUAGUCAUAUAGAUGCAUCAGUUGUUAACCAGUUGUAUAAUUUAUCACUUGACUAUGAAAACAUGUUUGCUGGCUGUAACCAAUACAUGACCAAACCAAGAGGAUGCACUUACUCAUUUAAAAAAUCUUUGACGGAAGAUGGAGUGUGUUAUACUUAUAAUGGUCUCAGCGAUGAAGAAAUUUUAAGAGGAGAAAACAUUCAACAAGAAUUCAAGUACACUCAAGCAAAUCAAGCUACAAGAAACUGGACUAUGGCGGAUGGAUACAUCACUGAUGACCCAAAAGCAUACCCUGUCCGAGGACUGAAUUCAGCUGAAGAUCGAAAUAUGGGGUUUAAACUUAAUAUAAGACAUGAUAUCAAAAAUGAAAUCUGCCAAAAAGUCUACAGUACUUAUAAGAUUUACUUGCAUCACCCUGCUGAUCUACCCCAGUCUUCAUCUUACUAUUUUGCUGCUCUCCCGGAUCAAUUGUCUUCAAUGGCUCUACAGUUCACAAUGGUUACGACGAGUAAAACAUUAAAAAGCUAUCCAUUGGAAACCCGACAGUGCUAUUUCCCCGAAGACAAGUGGUUGAAAUAUUUUCAAUUAUACACCUACAACAAUUGCAAACUUGAAUGUCUUCGUAAUAUAACUUACAAACUGUGUGGUUGCGUUGCGUAUUACAUGCCACAUAGUGAUAGUAAUGAAAUCUGUGCAGCCCGUGCGGCUGCAUGUAUUCAUUUCGGUAAAACUUUAGUGCUAAGGAAAUGGAAAGAAUGCAACUGCCUGCCGGCAUGUAACUCUGUCCAGUAUAAUGCAGACAUUCACAAGGAUUAUUAUGACGCAGCCAAAGGUAGAAGAUUAAGAAACAAGCAGAAGAACAAAGGGAUUAUAAAUUACCCAUUGGCUAAGGUGAACAUCUUCUACAAGGAGCCAAUGUUCAUGUCCAUCCGCCGUUCAGAGCUGUUCGGUCUGACGGAUUUCCUGGGCCAGUGCGGAGGGCUGCUGGGUCUGUUCCUUGGGUUCUCCUUCCUGAGCCUUAUCGAGAUCUUCUACUUCGUAACUUUUCGUGUUUACUACACAUUCAAAAUGGAUUUGAAAAGAGAGAAGGAACAAAAUAUCAGUUAUGGAACAAAGCAACAUGAUAAAUAAAAAAAAAUGUUUUUCUUGAAUAUACCUUAAUAAAAAAAA